ACAUGCUCCUUGACCUCAGCGACUUGCUCCAGGUAGAUCACUCUCCUCCUUAAGUCUUUCCUGACCUGAGGGCAUUGUAGAGGCAUAGCUGUGUUUCCAUACACCAGGAAGUCAGUCUAUGCUGCCUGCCAUAGUAGGCAGCCUUUGUGUUCAGGGUGAUGAAUUUUGUGUGGCCAGAGCAUGGGACCUCAGCAGAAGAGGGCAGCUUAGAGGCACAGCAUUAUCCAAGGACUGAUGUCUCAGCUUUAAAACUGCUUGAGAAACUCUUGUGAAACUUAGUCCAAGGUCAAGCAAAUCUUUUAAAAGGGGAAUAUUGGACCCAGGCGUGCAUUUCCAACUGUGGAAAACCCUCGCAAGCACCGCCUGUUUAGGGUCAUUGCCUUUCUGGAUCCAGAUACAGUAGGUUGUUGUUGCAUUGCUUGUCUGUGUUUGUUUAAUACCAGGUCUCAAGUAGCCCUGGUUGGCCAGGAAUGAAGAGAUAUGCCUGCCUCCGAAGUGCUGGGAUUAAGUGACCAUUGCACCACUCACUUCUAAAUAACUGAGUAUCAUAGCAAGCUGCAGCUAGGGACCUCCAAAGGCAGUGAAGGAGAGAGGGGCAUCAAGAGUGCACUGUCAUCCCACUGAUGGAGCUGUGCUAGAGGGCUGGGUAGAGACUUACUGAAGUCACUGGGCCACACCCUGAGUUGUGGCAAGGCUGUGAGGUCCACACUGACACUGUGGAGUAUGAAUAGAAUGCCUGCAAGCUUUGCCCUGAAGGGAAAUCCUGAUCUGGGUGCCUGCCUGCCUGCCAGGGAUCCUGAGAGCCGAUAGGCCAGAUUAUUGCUCCUGUUUGCUUAUGCAUCAGUGCCCACAAAGAGACUAACAUUUAGAUUCCAGUCAGAGGGUGCCUUGUAUUUUUGUCCUUUCAGCUGUCUUUCUUUAUAAAUGGCAUCUCUCAGCAGCUAUUACCGAAACAUAUUUUUUGUCAAUCUAAAAAUAGCCUGCUGGAAUUGUGAUCAUCCAUUGACUCCAUCUUUGAAUGUGUUGUGCUCAGUUCAGAGCAUGGUCACAUGACUAUAUCCAGCCUCCCAGGAAAGAUGGGGGCCAGGGCCAGGCAGCUCCAGAAGUAGCUUGGACACCUCUUUGAGGAAACCAGAGGUGCACAAGUCAGCUUUGACUUCACAGCUUUGGAAAUGGGAAAACAGUCCAGCUUGUCAGAAUAGAAGAUGGCAUGCCACCAGGAAGGGCUGAGGGCUGGGUAGCUGGGUGACUACAGACUACUCUUCUUGGUAUGUCUCUACUGACAAAAUGGGGUCUGAGGGAGACUGAGGUGAGGACCAUACAAGGUUGUCCCAUCCCGGAGCAUCCACAGCAUGUUGUCCCUGGUGCCAGGCCUUGCCUGACCUAAAGACAGUUUUGCUCUUACCUGUGUGGGGUGCAUACCCAUGUCCAUGAAGACCUCUAAUGGGGCUGGCUGGCUGCUUUGAAGAAAUACGUGAAAGUAGAAGUGGCAAAGACCCUGUAUAUAAAGCCUCCCUCCUUCCUGGUUCCACAUAUACAGCUCAUUCACAAGCAGAGUGAAUUGUAAUGUGGCAGUGUCUAAUAGUAAUAUUAGUAUGCCUGGAAGCCAGGUGUUGUGUACACAAAGCCCUCUCUAGAAAGUAUUCAAAUUAUUUUGUUUUAGAUUUAUUUGUAUGAACAUUUGCUGACAUGUAUGUGUGUGGGCCUCCUGUGGGCCUGGUACCCAUAGAGGCGAGAAGAGGGUGUUGGACCCUCUGGAACUGACUGGAGUUAGAGAUGGUUGUGAGCCACCAUGUGGGUGCUGGGUUUCUGCAUGAGAAACAAGUGUUCUUUACCAUUGAGCCAUCUCUCUAACCCCUGGAAAGUGUUGUUAAAACUUUUUAAAUUUACACCUGAAGUCUAUUUAGAGAACUCUUUCUGUAGUGUUCAGGUCUCAUUGUCAACCAUGUCUAUUGGUACCUGGGUAUCUGGAGGAACCUGAGAGGAUGCUCGGGAAGAGUGCUCCCACAGGAGCACACUUACUUGCAUACCUGAACACAGGCUGCAUACCACAUGCUUACAUCAACAUCACACAUUCCUGCAUGUUUAUGUCAUAUACUCACAUAGGCUAUAUAGUCAUGCACACCAUAGUUUUGUAGACAACCCUUGAGACUUUAGGAAGAUAAAGAAUUACUUCAAAAAGUGCUCUGUGAGCCACUAGUCCUUGUGAAGACCUCAGGAAGAUAGUACCUGUGUCCAGCCAGGGUAGAAGGUGACCAACCCAGUGCUGAUUGGCUAUGGUGGCUAAACCUGGCCUUCUCAGCUGGGUUGACUUACUAAGCAGGCAAACUCUCCCCUUUCGUCCUGUAUGUAAGCGAAGACACCAUUGUGUAUCAUCCUUUAGACUGUGUCUUGCAAACAUUUACUGGUUAUCACCUUCAUGCCAGGAAAGGGGGCUUAGCAACGGCCCCCAGGCUAGGCUUGAUCAGGUAAGGAACUUCUUUCAGGAGGCCAGAGGCAGAAGGCUAGACCAACCAUAUCUGUAAGGCCCAGGAGUCCCAGGAGUGGUCUCGCAUGAGUGCAGUGGGGUUUUCAGGUAGCUGAGGAUGGGAAGGACCUCUGAGGGUGGGGCAGGCCUGAGUGUCCCAGGUUAAUGUAUUACAGUAUUAUACUGAGCUACAACUGCAUGGUAGGGGUUCUACACACUGGCAAACCGUUGCUUCCCUGACAACUGAUAGCGCUACUCCCAUUCCAACACUUGGUCCAUCCCUCCUAGGAUGGACUUAGUUCUACUGCUUACUCCUGUGGCAGAGAAGAAAGAGCUAUGGCAGGUGGCCCAAGCUGGGCGGCAGGCUUCAUGGCAGAUAAGGACUUGAGGUUAACGUGUAUGUGUUGGGGAAGACGUUCCUGCUCUUGGCGAGGGAGCUUUGCAUCAACGCACCAGCUAUAGACCCAUGCUUGUACAUUCCACGCUUUGCUCAUCUGCUGGAGUUUGGGGAGAAGAACCAUGAAGUAUCCAUGACAGCCUUGAGGCUUCUGCAGAGAAUGAAAAGGGAUUGGAUGCACACGGGCCGGCGCCCCUCCGGCCUCUGUGGAGCAGCACUUUUGGUUGCAGCCAGAAUGCAUGACUUCCGGAGAACGGUCAAAGAAGUCAUCAGUGUGGUCAAAGUAUGUGAGUCCACACUACGGAAGAGGCUCACAGAAUUUGAAGACACUCCAACCAGUCAGCUCACUAUUGAUGAGUUUAUGAAGAUUGACUUGGAGGAAGAGUGCGACCCUCCCUCGUACACAGCUGGCCAGAGGAAGCUUCGCAUGAAGCAGCUGGAACAGGUCCUAUCAAAAAAGCUAGAAGAAGUUGAAGGUGAAAUAUCCAGUUACCAGGAUGCCAUUGAAAUUGAGCUAGAAAACAGUCGACCAAAAGCAAAAGGGGCUCUGGCCAACUUGUCAAAGGAUGGCUCCGGUGAGGACGCCACAUCCAGUCCACGCUGUGAGGAAGACACUGAGGAUGAGGAGCUGGAGGCUGCUGCCAGCCACAUGAACAAGGACUUCUACCGAGAGCUCCUCGGGGACGAUGACGGCUCGGAGGCAGCAGGAGACCCUGAUGGGGGCAGCAGACCCCUCGCCCUGGAGUCCCUACUUGGUCCCCUGCCCACAGCAGCCAGCCUGGGCAUCUCCGACUCCAUCCGAGAGUGCAUCUCCUCCCCAAGUGGGGACCCCAAAGACUCUUCAGGGGACGGGGAGCUGGACCUCAGUGGCAUCGAUGACCUUGAGAUUGACAGAUACAUCUUGAAUGAGUCAGAAGCCCGAGUAAAAGCUGAGUUGUGGAUGCGGGAGAAUGCUGAGUACCUGCGGGAGCAGAAGGAGAAAGAAGCAAGAAUAGCGAAGGAGAAGGAGCUUGGCAUCUAUAAGGAGCACAAGCCCAAGAAGUCUUGCAAACGCCGGGAGCCAAUCCUGGCCAGCACAGCUGGGGAGGCUAUUGAGAAGAUGCUGGAACAGAAGAAAAUCUCCAGCAAGAUCAACUACAGUGUGCUGCGGGACCUUAACAGCAAGGGUGGAGGCAGCCCACCCAGGGACGACUCACAGCCCCCAGAGCGUGCCAGCACCAAGAAGCUGUCACGGAGGAAAAGAGCAACUACCAGAAAUAGUGCUGAUCCUGGGACAAGCACAGGGAAGAGGUUGAGGCCUCUGCUGUCUGCCCAGCCGGCGAAGAAGGCAGCCGUGGGAGAGGCCUUACUCUUAAGUUCUCCUGCCUUGGGAGCAGAGCCAAUCAAGCCAUCAGCAGUCUUGGUAGAGAGUGGCCCUGUGUCGUACCAUCCUGAGGAGGAUGCAGAUGAGGAGGACGCCGAGGACGAGGAUGGAGAGCCCUGCGUCAGUGCUCUGCAGAUGAUGGGUGGCAAUGAUUACGGCUGUGAUGGUGAUGAAGAUGAUGGCUACUGAGUGGAACUCAAGGCCAGGCAGCGUCCUGGUGCUGGACUCCAAGUGUAUCUGUUUUAUGGGUGUCAGAUGGGCCCUGGGGCCACGGCUCAUAGGAAUGAUUUCUGAGACUCUACCAGUCAAGCACUGCCCCACUUAUUUGAAGCUCUCUUCCUGUGGCUACAUUGUGGACCAUUGUACUUACUAUUGGGAAUCAUGUUUUGAGCAAUGGAAGGGAUAUUUUUGCCCAGCAAGGGAAACUAGCUGUGUGUUUAUGUGUAAUGAAACAUGGUCAGAGAGUAGCUGGGUCUGGAUCCCACUUCGUGGCCUGGCCUGCUAGUGACUGUUUACCAGCAAUCCCCAGGCAGGCACUGUGUCCUCCUGUCGUUAGGAAAUUGAAGCACAAGGGCUUCAGUCAAGAAGUCCAGCCAGCUUAGCCUGCUGCCAGUGUUCUCUGCCCUGUCCUUCCCAUCCUGGAGAGAGGUAUUAAGCAAGAGACAUGUGGCAGUUAUUUCUCUAUACUAGGCAACCAUAGUCUGGGGUCUGUGCCUUUAACUUCACAUCAGCUUCCUGCAGGCAGGAUGCUUCCUACCGUUCCCGGUGUCCAUUCAUUGUCUUGAACUGCCCGGAGCAUCUUAGGCCUCAGCCUCCUGCUUAGGACGAGUCCUUGUGGCUACCCAGUAGCGUCUUAGUGAGGUUUAUCAGCAGCACCCAGGAAGUGAGACCAGCAGGCCAUGUACACCUGUGUGCAGCUUCCUGUUGAUGUCUAGCACAGUCUGUGUGGAGUUCUGGCCCUGCCCCAUCAGUUAGAAUGAACCUUUAGUCCUCCUGCACAGAACCCUCUGCCAAGAAGCCUGCAAGCUGUCUCCUGGGCCUCUUCACGAGAAGGUCUACAGAGUGCCCUCGGUGCAGUUAACUCCGGCCUCCCUUCCCUGGAUGCAGCCUUGCAUGCAGACCACUUGGCUUUCAGAUCAGGAGGUGGGGCCAGGCCUGAGGUGGUGAGUUGUGGGGGCCAGGCCUGAGGUGGUGAGUUGUGGGGGCCAGGCCUGAGGUGGUGAGUUGUGGGGGCCAGGCCUGAGGUGGUGAGUUGUGGGGGCCAGGCCUGAGGUGGUGAGUUGUGGGGGCCAGGCCUGAGGUGGUGAGUUGUGGGGCCAGGCCUGAGGUGGUGAGUUGUGGGGGCCAGGCCUGAGGUGGUGAGUUGUGGGGGCCAGGCCUGAGGUGGUGAGUUGUGGGGGCCAGGCCUGAGGUGGUGAGUUGUGGCGGCUGCAGAUGAGUGGAUGGUCAGACAGGUAGGAAGUGAUUGUGACGGAAAGACUGCACGAUGCUUUGGGAUUGUGUAUGGGGAUAUGGAACCAGGCUCAAAGGCCCUUCCCAGAAGUGAGAUCACAACUGUGGUAGGGGAGAACAGUUUUAGUAUGUUUGUACGUUUUUAUACAGCAGGACUUGCCUGUGGCAUGGAGAGAGUACAGGGUGAGGGGUGGGAGGUGGGAGCUCAGGAAAAAGAACCAAGUGCCCUGGGAGGAGAAGUGGGAGGAGGCCUGCUCCCCAGCUGUGCCUUGUCUGCCCAGGAGCCAGCAGGAGGAAAGGUCUGGAAAAUGGAGCAAGGGCCGGGAAGGCUGGAGCGCUCUUGUAAGGUAGUUAGAUGAGUUGCUCACUACCACGGAUAGAGUUAGAACACAGGGGUGUAGGGAGGUGGACAGUGCUGAGUGAGGACAGUCCGUAGGAGAUAGGUGAGUAGCAAAGUGUGUGUGUGUGUGUGUGUGUGUGUGUGUGUGUGUGUGUGUGUCCUGAAAUGUGGGACCUGGGUUGGGGAGAGCCGGGUGUUGAGGAGGAAGGGCCCAGUAGGGGGCAGCCGUGAAAUGGGCAGGAUGCUUCUGAGCUGAGGUCAUAGCCUUGUGUGUGUCUAUGAGCAGCACUAGUGUGAAGCUCAAGGAGCACUGGGUCUGGAUGACCCCACUGUGCAUGCAAUUAGUCCAUCUCUGCCUGCUUUUUCUGACUGGGGUUAUCACAACAGAAUCCUCCUGCCUGGGGUCUUCUCAGAGUGCAGAGCAGUGCCUCAGAUAGCCUCCUGGGAAAAACUAGUCCUUACCACACUGGACCUUAGAAGAGGGAAUUAGGAAAUGAGGGAAUCCAUUGGAUCCUGGAUUCUAGACUGAGACUCUGUGUGGUAUGCACACUUGAGUGCUGAGCAGACAGGAUAGCUUAUAUCUCCCAGCCUCCUCUGCCUUCUGUCUUCCUGCCAGGAGGAGGGAGGUGCAGGGGACACUACAUGUAUGGUACACUAUCCAAGUGUCUUGCCAGCCCCCUAAACUGAGGAACCUAGUACUUCAUGGUUGCCACCAUCCUCUGCAAACUGAGGAUCACUGGGGCAAUACAGUAGCAGUCAGCAAGGUUCCUGUAAACCUAGACAUGUGAGGCUUGGCAGAGCGUGUUUCUGUCUUUAGAGGGAACUGGGCCACAGAAUGAGAAGUUGCAGCCGUGCAAGGCUGUGAGGCACUGUUCCCACUUGGAGCUGUUCCCUCCUGAGCUAUUGUACCCAUUGAGAAGCCUGUCCAGCCUGCCCUGGACCUGGGUUCUCUGAUCAGGUGCUUUGUCCUCUGUACACUACUGAGCAGGAGUGGAACAAGCCCUGUGUGGGGUGGGGUUGGGGCACUCCUUUUAUACAUAGUUAGAAGGUGGAGACUGAGGUUUGGCCACAUCCUUUGCCCAGAUACCUGUCUAGGACCAGGGGAUGGAUACACCUUGACAGUGUGAGAGAAUACAUGGAAUGGGCAUGGAUCUAGCUGGAUAUAUCUUUGCCUCUGUAAUACCUCUAGAUGGUAGGUACCCUACAAGAAACUCCAGAGACCAGGGAAGCAGGGCCUCAAUGGUGUUAGUGAGGAAGUGGAGUAGUGGGGUACGUGCAUCUUAGGAUACCUGUUAGACCCAGAAUUUCUCUCUGGCCUCCCUUCUAAGAGGUGUAGAGCAGGAGUUAAGUAAAGGGAGACUGUUUGGUACCUCAUGGAGAUUGCUUCCUGCAUGAUGGAUAGCCUGGGUUCUAAUUGCUCUCUUCUCAGCAUAGAGCAGUAGAGCUCUGGGUGCUCAAGUGUGCACACCAGACAGGGUCCCAAUCUAAAACCAAUGGACUCCCUCUUUCUCUCUUUCCCUUUUCCAAGGCCAACUCAGGAGCUGUGGACAAUGGACUUUUAGGCAGUAGCUGGAACUGGGUCUAGGGUGGUUUCUUGGGAGUCCUUCCAGUCUAGUGAGCCAAGCCUGGGCCAGCCCCUGGAAGACCUUGACUUUAGUGAAGAGAUCCAUCAGCCCCUAAACCCUAUGGAUUGCUAUAACCUUAAUUUGCUGUAGGCCCCCAACCCUGCAGCCCCACAGCCCCCUCCUCUGGGCCUAUGCCAGAAUCCUACCUAAGUCAGUGUAGCGGGGAGUGUCUGACUUCCUUAGCCCAAGUCUUAGGGUGUAACCCAAAUCUUGGGCCUCUCUUGGGCACAGAAGAAACUUUGUGCUCGCUGGGACAAAACACCUGCUUGGCUUUUCCCCACCCAGUCUAGCCCAUUUCAGUGACUGCUGGGGUGGGAGGCACCAAGGAAGCCUCCGCACGCACCCCAGAGUGAGGGGUGGCUGUACCCAGGUGACAUACGUACACAAUACAGGUUAGUGUUGCAUAUGGCUAUGGUGCUGUCUGUUGAGGGUGCCCCCACUUUCACCUGUUGGGGCUUCCUUCCUGUCCUAUUCUCUGCACCUCCUGAAGCUUGUGUGGCCCUCUGCACCCGCAUCUGCAUCCUCCAAGGGUGCAGGGGCCCAUCCAUGGGCAACAAACAGGCUAACUCAAAAAAGCCCUGUAUAGCCCUGCCUGGGAGCACCCUAGAGGAGGUAGCGUGCUCCCAAGUUCCUAGAAACCUGCUUAUCCCUGUCAGUGCUGGGGUUUUCAUAUGACCUAUAAGGUGGUGUGCCUUAUCCCGGAGGCAAGCGAGCAGGAAUCUAGUCACUCAUGAGAGUGUACACUUAAAACAGUAGCUGCUUGAGCCUCCCCUGGUGGUCUAGGCCUAGAUGGAGUUUAAUAUUCAGUACCAUUGCUUUGUGAGUCAGACCAGAGCCCACAGCUAACAAGCUUUUUUUAGCUUAUACUGCCCUGGACCACUAAACACUGGGGGUGGGGUGGGCGUGGGGGUGACAGCUAGGCAGAAAUGGGGAAGGCACAGUGAAAUGAAGAAGGCAGACCCUGGCACUGAACCUCAGAGGUACAGGACUUACUGAUACAUCAGUUAUUUGCAGUGAAUUGAUGUGAUUGGCCACAAGCCUGGGCUUGCACCCUCUGGUGGCUGUGUGCAGUACUACUUUCUGAAGGCCCUUCACUCUUAACAGUCAGCACAGAUCAAGGGUGCGGUCACUGCUUGGGCAGUGCAGCAGACUGGCCCCAUCACUGCCUCACCCCUACCCUGCAGUCCCAUAAAUAGGGGGUACCCCGAACCAGCCAAGCUUAGUGGGAGGACUGGCGAAGAUAUGAGCUAGCACACAGCUCCCAGAGCAACAACACAUGUUCAAGGCUUUUUUUUGUCCUCAGGUUGUUGCCCUACAGUCAGCACCCUCCAACACAGUGGUUUUCAACCUGUGGACAGAACUUUGGGGGUGAGACGACCCUUUCACAAGGGUCACCUGAGACCAUCGGCAAAUACAGAUAUUCAUGAUUCAUAAUUAUAAAAUUUACAUAAUUACAAAGUUA